AUGCUGUGGUUACGGUCCCCGCUUACGUUAACGAUGCUCAACGUCAAGCUACCAAAGAUGCUGGAACUAUCUCUGGACUUAAUGUUGUACGUAUUAUUAAUGAACCGACAGCAGCGGCAAUCGCUUAUGGAUUGGACAAGAAAGAAGGUUUUUUGA